AUGGACACCCUCCAAUCUAAGUGCUCGAGGCCGCAAGGUUUUGAUCCGAACCAUGAGGGCCACUCAGGCUGGCAGGCGUAUGAUAUUGCCAGAAACAAUAUCGCGGGCUGGGUUCAGAACGCCAAGCCCGAUAUUGUUCAAUUCAUGCUCGGCACCAACGAUGUCAACAUCGGCAAGAGGGACGUCGAGAGCAUCAUCGGCUCGUACACAAUCAUGCUCGACGCCAUGCGUGCCGCGAACCCCAGGGUCAAGGUGAUCGUCGACAAGGUGCUGCCGACAAGCUGGAACGACCCGACUAUUGAGGCCCUCAACAAUGCCAUUCCAGCCUGGGUACAGCAGCGAACAACAGCGGAGUCUCCCGUUGUUAUUGCCGACUGCUCACGGGCCGCCGGCUUCACCAACGCUAUGCUGGACGACGGUGUCCAUCCUAAUAGCCAGGGGGACCAAUUCAUCGCAGGGCAGAUCGGCCCCAAGCUGAUACAGCUCAUCAACGACGUUCGAGGUGGUAAAUAA